CUUUAAAAGAGCCUUGCUGGUUGAGGGUAAGUAAAGCUACAUCAUGGGGUCAGAGAAAGACGUGUUCGUGGGUGCUGCUCUCGUUUUUGUUGCCCUCAUUUCACAAAGUGAGGGUAUAAUCGGUGGCAGAGAGGCAGCGCCACACUCUCGGCCCUACAUGGCCUCCAUCCAGAGACCAGAGGGAGAUGGUUUAAAACAUGAAUGUGGAGGUUUUGUGAUCGCAGAUCAGUGGGUGAUGACAGCAGUUCACUGUAUGCCGAACGGUCCAAAUGGAAGGAAGGUAGUGCUGGGUGUCCAUUCUCUCAGCCAACCUGAAGACACAAAACAAACCUUUGACAUCUUGGCAGACAAUCUUUACAAUCAUCCCAGCUUCGAUCCAUCCAAUUAUAACAAUGACAUUGCUUUAAUUAAAUUGGAUCGUCCAUUUAACGCCUCUGAGGCUGUUAAAGCGGUGGAAUUCCUGCGAAGCGGUGGUGUAAAUCCUACCACUGAUGAUGAGGUGGAGACUGCAGGCUGGGGAUCACUGAACAACCUGGAGGCCAGACCGGACAAGCUCAAAGAGGUGGUUGUGAAGAUGAUCAGCCACGGUCGGUGUUCCCGCAGUGACUACUUUGGCAAAAAGGUUACCAGUAACAUGAUGUGCGCACAUAAAAAGUGCUCAGACCCCUGCGACCAGCCGUAUCCAGUUGAAGACAGCUGUGAUGGAGACUCUGGAGGCCCUCUGCUCUUUAAUGGUGUUGCAGUGGGCAUCACAUCCAAUGGAGGAAAAAAAUGUGGCCAACUGAAAAAGCCUGGAAUUUACACAAUCAUCUCCCACUUCACUGACUGGAUUGACCGCACCAUGGGCCUGCAGCCUGCUGUAGAAGGAGGCCAGGGAAGUUAAAUAAAAGAGUUAGCAGCAAGUUUCACUUUUAAGCUUUUACGUGUCAGCCACUGCUACGCCUCAACCAAGUCUCUGAUUACUCUACACAUGCAGCAUUCAUGUUUAUAUGAUCUACUUCGUAAUUAACGUUUAAAUUCAUGCAUGUAGAAAAAGAUCUUCAUUAGCACACGCAUACUCCAGGCAAAUGAAAUCUAGAGCCCGAUUCACAUCAAAAUUUUAUUUCACAUCAUUUUAAUAAAUAAUAAAAUACAGUUUAUGUCACUGUGAAA